CUUUGUUGUAUUGCUUACAGCGAUGCGUCCGCCUGCGAUUUAUAGAGCUAACGCUGUCAGAUCUGCACGACCGUUUUUUUUUCUCCCCUCUUCCAGACCACCACGGGUCUGGUGCUCAGAGCAUCCUUCACUAGUGUCCACGUUAUCCCACUAGCGGGCACAUCGCGCCUGACUUUCUCCGUGCUGGAAAUAUCAGUCUCAAUGAUCAUAGCUUCGUUUGUUCAUAUAAUCACUUGCAUUUACUCGUCCUGUCAUUCCACCCGGGUCAAUGUAUAUAGACGCGUUUAAACGGAUCCUCUUCGAAAGGCUGAAUUGCUUGAAAAGAAUGUGUGUAUGUCAACGACAAGGCAGCUCGUUUGCCAUGUCUAAGACGGCCGUGAGGAAGCUGCACUGGCACUCAAAGUUGAAGGACAGCUUCGUGCCCCUGGUGGGGUCUUCGGCCGACCUGGGCGUGGCCAUUGGUGGAGGAGCCGACUACGCAGAGUUCCCAUUCGUCACCUCGGCUCCGGGGGGCGGGCUCACGGUGGGCGAUGUGAUCCUGGAGAUCGGAGGCACCCCGGUGCUGGGGAUGACGCUGGGAGACGUGCGGGGGGUCCUCAGCUCCUGUCCCCACCCCGUACGCAUCAAGACGGUGUCGCCCGGUUCGUCACUGUGUAAGGAUCUCAGGUUGUAUCUCAGUAAGUGUUUCACCCCCGGCUCCGUGGACAGCCAGCUACAGCAGGUCAUCCGGGAAAACCUCUACCUCCGCGCUGUACCAUGUACGAGCAGGAAGCCCCGGGUCGGGGAGAUUUCCGGGGUGGACUACAACUUUGUCUCCGUGGAGGAGUUCUUCGCCCUGGAGGAGUCAGGAGCGCUGCUGGAGAGCGGCAAGUUCAAAGGGAACUAUUACGGGACGCCCCGGCCGGUCCACGUCAGCUCGGAGAGCCCUCCCAUCACCUACCAGGAGCAUCGCAACCUUCUCAAAAAAUUCCGCACACGCAGCAAGUCUCUGAGCAACCUGGAGAAGGCGCUGGAGGAGGGGCUGGAGGAGGGGGACCACAGCGAGGGAGACUCUGCUCCGCCAGCCCCCCUGAUCCGCCACUCCCCCGGCCGGCCCCGGGGCCACAGCGCUGGCGAGGGCGGGGCCCUGGAGCACCUGGAGGGCCUGGGGGGCGCCGGCAGAGCAGGAGGGGCCCGGUCGCGGGCCGCGAUGGCGGACCGCUGGGAGCAGGCGUUCAGCGACCCGGGACAGCCUUACUACGCAGCGCACAACCCAAAGAGGAGCAGCUGGCAGAGCAUGCGGGGAAUGAGCAGGGAGACGCUUUACAAGAAUGAAUGGUUUACGGACGAGCCCGAGGAUCUCAGGGGUUUCCCCGUGCACACGUGCAUCUUCAAGGGGCCCCGAGGGUUCGGCUUCAACAUCGUGGGGGGCACCGGGCCGCACGAGUUCCUGCAGGUGUACAGCGUCACCUCGGACGGACCCUCCGCACUCAAGACAGCGGACAUCCUGGUGUACGUGGGGGACGCCUGCGUUCUGGGCGUGUCCCACAAGCAGGUGGUGGAGAUCCUGAAGGCGGUGCCAGCGGGCCACAGCGUGGACGUGGAGGUGCGGCGGGGCUACCCCAUGCUCUACAACCCCGACGGCUGCCCCAAGCCCCUGCACCAGGCCAUGUCCUCCAGCCGCGACGCCAUGCGCUCCCCCACCACCACCCAGCCCCAGUCGCUGCACCACCCCCACCACCGCUCCCAGGGACGGCCCCGCCUCUCCUCCGCCUCCUCCCUCGGCCGCCACUCCCACCACGACGGCGACGGCUACGGCUACGGCUACGGCUACGGCGAGCGCAGCUACAUGGAGCCCGGCGUGCUACGGGGGCUGGACGCCAACGGGAACGCCCACGCCGGCUCCAGGUCGGCGCCGCCCUACAGGCGCUCCAGCGCCAGCAACGCCGACUCGGCCGUCCCCGUCCGCCUGCCUCGGUCGCUGAGGAGGCUGCAGUCCCUGGACCAGAACCUGGCCAGCCAGAGCGACAGCGAGGUGGUCUCGGCUCUCGGCUCCCACCGGGCCUCCAUGAUCCGUAACUACAACAACAACUCCCUCUCGGAGCCGCCCCGCCCCUCCCGCUACAAGUCCUCGGAGAGCGACCUGUCCUCCUGCACCGUGCCCGGCUCCCGGCUGCCCGUGCCCCACCCCAGCGAGAGGAGGCCCUCCUCGUCCUCCGGGGGCCCGCGCAGCCCCAGGAGCCCGCACCGCGCCUCCCAGUCCUACUCCCACCUGCGGCCCCAGGGCGCCCACCUCCGGCCCCCGCCGACCCAGGACCCCAGCCCCCUCCGGGGCCACAACGGCUACCGCAGCGCCAGCCCCACGAGCGUGUCCUCGUCCCCGGGGGCCCUGGGGAACGGAGGGGGCGGCUGGGUGGCCGGCGGCGGGGAGCUGGUCCCCGUGGCCCUGGCCCAGUCUGAAGGGGACCUGGGCUUCAGCAUGACGGCCGGGGGCCUGGGGGGCGAGGUGACGGUGGUGAAGAGGGUGUGGGACAGGCGGCAGUGCAGCUCCCUGCAGCCAGGGGACGCUAUCGUCAAGAUCAACGGAGCCGACGUCCAGGCUCUUAGCUUUGCACAGGUCCAAAGAGUUCUCCUGGAGCACACCAAACUGGGAGAAGUGGUCCUACUGGUUUACAGGGGAGGCCACUACCCGUCCAGCGCCUCGCCCAGCUCCCCCCGGCGCCUCCCCCCGCCCCAGCUCCACCCGCCCCCUCCCCCGGGGGGCUCCCCGUGCGACGAGGUCUUCACCUCGCCCCCCGUGGUGCUGCUGCCGCGGCCGCGCUCCGCCCUGAGCGUGCCGUCGCCCCCGGCCGCCCGGCGCUCGGCGCUGGUCCAGAGCACCAGCUUCCUGGAGUCCAUCCCGGUCACGCUCACCAUGGAGCCCCGCGACUGGAUGAACACCGGCCUGGAGGAGGAGGGGGACGCCGCCGCCGCGUCCCCCCGGGCGGGCUCCGCCCAGGGGAAGCGGGGGCCCGGCGACCGGCCCCGCGUCCCCCGCGGGUUUGACGUGGAGCUGAAGCGCAAAGCGGGAGAGGGCUUCGGCUUCGUGAUCGCCUCGCAGGACGUGGAGAACGGCAAAGGUGAGGAAAGGGUCAUGUUGGAGAGACUCCAGUCUGCCCUGAAAACUGUGAAGGAGUCCAAACCUGCGUCCCUGCUCCCCCACCGCUUCGUGACGGUGCGGCGGGGCAGCCCGGCGGCCCGCAGCGGUCAGAUCCGUCAGGGCGACCGUCUGGAGGCGGUGGAGGGCCGCUCCGUGGUGGCGCUGCCGCACCGCGAGCUCUCCCACCUCCUCCGCCGCGCCGGCAACACCCUGCGCCUCACCAUCGUCCCCCGGCCCAGCACCUACACCUCCAGCCUCACUGAGUCUGCAGAGUUUGACCCCAGCCACAGAAGCGGGAAAGGUCACAGGUCACGCCCUAAGCAAGACUCGCGGUACUACAGCGUGGACCUGGACCGCGGACCCACCGGGUUCGGCUUCAGCCUGCGGGGGGGCAGUGAGUACAACAUGGGCCUCUACGUCCUGGGGCUGAUGGAGGGAGGGCCGGCCUCCAGGAGCCACAAGAUCCAGGUGAGCGACCAGUUGGUGGAGAUCAACGGCGACAGCACAGCGGGGAUCACCCACAGCCAGGCCGUGGAGCACAUCCGGCGAGGGGGCCAGCGCAUCCACCUGGUCCUCAAGAGGGGCAACGGCUACGUGCCCGACUACGUUGAGCUCUCCAGCUUGUCUCUAUGUAUGACCAACUCCAAGCUAGGCGAGCCGUGCUUCUAUGUGAUCGGACGGACAGAGAAUACGCGGUUGGUAACUGUUCCUGCCGUGAGCGCAGAGUCACCCCCCCUCCCCUCGCUCCGCAACUCCGGCAGCAGAGUGUGGCUGCAAUAGCCCCCGCCAGGCAGAGGGGCCGCAGCUCCAAGAGCAGGAGCAGAGCGAGGUCCUCCUCAGAGAGGAGAGAGAAGAAGACCAAGAACAACAGGACGAAGGAGCAGGGAGGAGGGAGGGAGAGGAGCAGGAGGAGGCGC